AUGUGCUCAUUUGAACACACAUGUCUUCCCCAUAAAGUUGAUGGCAAGCGAAAGCGAGGGGAAUCCCGUUUCAAAACCAAGCCUGAUCAAACAGCUGUUCCUGAAGAAGUGAACAUGAAAAAAGUGAACUACCGGUCAAAUAUAACUGGAUUGGUCAAACUGUUAAAGGAUACGAAAUUUACAAGUGGCCAAUCGAAGUGCCUUAGAAAAACACCGCUCUGGCCAUUAUUUGAUAGCUUGAUCAAUAACGAAAUCGACCUCAACCACUGCAUGAAAUAUGAUGAUGUCAUUGUGCGCAUAGUACAAACAUUCAAGCAAUCUAGUGGAAGGUUUUACAUUGGGGAUAAGAACAUCCAGAUUUUUAGAAGCGACGUAUCACUGAUUUUUGGGGUGGACUGCGGCACCAAGUCGAUGGACCUCUCUUAUGGUGCAAAACCAACAACCGGCAUCAUACACCGAAUGUGCAAGGAUGUUAGUCGGUUAAGUGCUGCCAAAAUACGAGAAAUUCUGAGGGAAGCAUUGAAGGGCACAAAAAAACAUGACAAUGAGGAGGUCGCAAGAUUAGUUUGCAUGUAUGCAUGCGUCAAGCUAUUCUUUUCUACAUCCGGAGAAACAAUUGGAUGGGUUUUGUACUCAUACAUGGACCCAUUACACAAGAUGAUCGAGUAUGAUUGGGCUGAGAGCAUCCGGGCAACCUUGAUGGGUUUAUUGGGCCAAAACUGUGAAAAACCAGGACGAGUCACCGGAUGUGUGAUGUUGUUAAUGGUAUAUAGCGGCGAGCUAAUGGCAUCACCAACUGAGGCGAAGAUGUAUCGUCAUACAAAAUUGAAUGUGGAGCCAAAACCUGAGAUUUUGUCAAGUGCAGGAGCAAAGAAAGAUGAAAGCAAUGAGGAUCAAAGCAAAGACAGUCAACGCAGUGAUGACAGGGAUGCAUUUUCUGUCGAUGCAGUGGACCUGAAUGAUGUUGGACAUUAUAUCAACCCCAGCUGUAGCACCCCCAAUGCUGAGAAAGGAAUCAUCAUAGCACAACCAACUGAGCCCGACAUUGUGGAAGUACUCAUGAAAGAAAACCAAAAAGCUUGGGCUCUUGUACGGCAAUGGGAAGCGAAAUACAAACAGUUGGAAGAAUCAUGGGAGUUGAGGGCAAGGGUGAUUGCUGCCCUUGAAGCCAAACUAUUUGACCAAUCGGGCUCAUCCAAUGUAGACAUGGACAUGAAGACUUACAUGGAGUGGAAAGAUACAGAAAUUCAGCGGCUGACAAAGUUGGUCAUCAACUUGGAAUGUGAAAAAACAAUACUUCAAGACCUUUUUGAUGAUCAGUCCGUACACAUCAUCACUCAAGUUGAAGCACAAAAGGCUCAUGACAGCCUUAAUAACAAUCCCACUGCAGCAUUGGAACACAUUAUCAGCCCCCCAUCAAGGGUAAAGCGCAUAAAGCAGAAGGUAAGGAAAGAACACAGGUUAGACGAGUUUGAAUACCCCAACCUGCCUGGUCAGAAGAAAGGGAAAAAGGGAGCCCAACAGAAAUCACAUGCAGUCCAAAUUGCACAAGAUUUAGACAAGCAACCACCAAAAAAGCAGCCAACAAAGUCCAAGAAGUUAACCUUGAACAACAAACUGAAGGUCUGGGCUAACAUGAACAAACUCAACAAGCAAAAAGUCCAAAACUUGCACAAGAACGGCGGUGCUGAGUUGCUAGUGUGGCGAGGGGACUCAAAGACUAAACAUGUGUAUUUUGAUGACAUCAUACACAUCAUCAAGGAAGAAUCAAUAACCAACAACGUAUGGCAACUGUAA